AUGAGAGGAAACGGGACAAAGUCUCGUACCAUCGUCAUCAAGCUUGGAACAAGCUCUAUUGUCGAUGAAACGACUCACGAACCACUUCUACCAAUUCUGACUCUCAUUGUCGAUACCGCCGUGAAGCUCCGUAAAGAUGGCCACCGAGUGGUUAUUGUUUCGUCAGGCGCCAUCGGUGUUGGCCUCCGACGUAUGGAUGUCGAGAAGCGGCCCAAACAUCUCGCACAGCUACAGGCUCUCGCAGCAAUCGGCCAAUGCCGCUUAAUGAGUCUUUGGGAUAGUCUGUUCACUCAUCUUAGGCAGCCAAUUGCUCAGAUUCUCCUUACUCGAAACGAUAUAGCAGAUCGAACUCGAUAUUUCAAUGCCCAAAACACCUUUCACGCACUUCUAGAGCAAGGAGUCAUUCCAAUUGUCAACGAAAACGACACUCUUGCCGUUUCCGAGAUCAAGUUCGGUGACAACGAUACUCUCUCUGCUAUCACUGCCGCCAUGAUCCACGCCGAUAUGCUGUUCUUGAUGACAGAUGUCGACUGUCUUUACGACAAGAACCCCCGAACACACCCAGAUGCCAAGCCUAUCGAGGUAGUCGAAGACAUCUCGGCACUGCAAGCUGAUGUUUCCAGUGCCGGUUCUUCCCUUGGGACUGGAGGUAUGAGCACCAAGAUCAUUGCUGCCAGGCUGGGUACCUCGGCUGGUGUUACCACCAUUAUUACAAGGUCCUCCAAUCCUGGAAACGUACUCAACAUUGUGAAGUACCUCGAGUCAAUACGAAGAGGAAACACCCCUCCAAGUCCAGAUGAACGCGCUGAAGGGUUGUCCCGGUCAGCAUCAGCUCUGACCCUCUCCACGUCAUCCAAUGGUAGUGCCCCUUGGCCCCCUCUACAUACCCGUUUCGUGCCUGCCAAUGAUCCUAUUCGGGACCGUCACUUUUGGCUGCUUCACACCCCGCACCCUCACGGCACUCUCUACAUUGACUCUGGGGCUUACAAGGCUCUUGUGGGUAAGGCUGGCCUGCUCCCGGUCGGUGUCGUUGAUGUUGAAGGCAACUUUGCCCAGCAGGAAGUUGUACGGCUCGUGGCAGUCAAGCGACGGUCGACUCCUGGACCUGAUGGCAAGAUGUGGGAGGGGACCCCCGAAGAGGUUGGUCGAGCUUUGGUAAAUUAUGCCGCUGCUGAGAUCGCGCGAAUCAAGGGGAAGCAGAGUGUGGAAAUCGAGAAGAUUCUCGGUUAUGCUGAUAGUGAGUACGUCGCUCAUCGACAACAUGUCGGCUUCUUCAAGAGAGACAGCAGGCCUGUGAGCCCUGCUCGGGAGAUCAACGGUACAGUAAUGGAAUGA